UUGGUGCAGUUACUGCUAUUGCACAUAUAGUUACACUGUCAGUUGGUAAACGUAUGUCGUAUUGUGUACGUCUGUCGUCGAAACCGCGUUAAAGGGAAAGUGAGCGCGUGCGUUGCUCGUUUCGUGAGCUUAUAAGCUCCUUAACAGGCCACGCGUUCCUUUCUAUAUGCCAUCUCGUGUGUUCACCUUUUCGUUUGUCAAAGGAUUCAGGAUCCUGAUGUGUAUCUGAUAUAAGUAUAAUGUGGUGAAGUGAAACGUUUCCUGGGCGCGGCGAUUCCGGCAGAAGGAAGGAAGAGAAGCCUAAUAAGCUGACCGGCAUGUGCACACAGUUCUGCCGCGGUACUGUCAUUUUGGCGAUGUUCCUCUGCCGGAUUUGCUCCGCCGAGGAACAGCCGGGUUCCUUCAAUGGACCCGGUCUCCUAGAAUCUUGCAACAUUACUGCCGACGGGAAGGAGAUUUCUUGCCGCGGAGCUGGUUUUUUGUCCAUCUUGGAGCCUCUCGAUAUCACUGCACUUCCAUCCAUCGUCAAUCUUACGAAACUAGAUUUAACGAGCAACAACAUAACAGACAUUCCAGCCCGUGCCUUCAACCGAAUUUUCAAUCUUGAAGUGUUAUUACUUCGACGAAAUCGUUUGCACACGAUCACCGAUGAUGCAUUUACAAACUUAACGAGCCUUCGAGUAUUGGAGCUCGAUGACAAUUAUUUAACAAAAAUUCCAACCGCGAUCGUAAACCUCUCUGGCCUUGAAGACCUGUCGCUGUCGAACAACCGGAUCGAAACUUUGGAGGAGCAUGUUUUUCGACGUGUCACUAAUCUAUUGUCGCUCGACCUACGUGGAAAUCCUAUCAAAGAAAUACACGGGAACACUUUUCACAAUCUGUGCAAGCUUCGUAAACUGAUCCUGUCCAAUCUAAAAGAACUGCAGAUAUUUCCUAAUUUGAAUGGAACGAAAUCGUUAGAGGUAUUGAGACUAGAUCGCGCACAAGUGACGAAUGUUCCAAAAAAUUUAUGCGAGCAAUGCCCAAAAUUGAAAAGUUUUGAUAUGAAAUCAAAUUUUCUAACAGAGGUGCCAAAUUUAAAAAAUUGCAGCGAGUUACGAGUUUUAAAUCUGGCAAGUAACAUGAUUCUGUCGUUUCCAAAUGAGCCGUUCAAAGGUCUGGACAUGUUGCACGACCUCCUUCUAUCGGACAACAAGUUGCAAGCAAUCCCAGGUGACGCGUUCACCGGCUUGUCGAGGCUACAAGUGUUGGAUCUAGAGAGCAAUUAUAUCGAGUACAUUCACCCUAACGCAUUUAAAGAGACGAAACAUUUAGAGGAUUUAAAUCUUGGGAAUAACGUGUUCCCUGUACUGCCAACACUAGGGCUAUCAGGCCUAUUACAUCUUAAGACAUUCAACAAUCCAGCAUUGAGGGAAUUUCCAGCUCCCGAAAGGUUUCCACGUGUACAAACGAUGGUAUUAUCGUACGCUUAUCACUGCUGCUCGUUUCUAUCAGUCGAGGUGGAGGAUCCGGUGACGAAAUCCUCCGUUCGAGAGUCUAUCCUUUUCCCCACUGACAAUGAUUUUGAUAUGAGCUUGUGGAACUCGAGUUUCACCGAUAUCUGGCCACAGCUCAAUAACAUGACCGACAAAUUUGGCUCGCAAAUAAAUGAACUUUGGGCUAACUUUGGUUCAGAUUUUACAUACCCUGGUAACCUGCCCUCAUAUGUUGAGGAUUAUUUUGAGGAGCAGAACAACCGAGUUACACUGCCAGCUCAAACACUACCUUUUCACGUACAGUGCCUACCUCAACCUGGUCCUUUUCUACCGUGCCAAGAUCUGUUCGAUUGGUGGACAUUACGUUGUGGUGUGUGGGUAGUAUUUCUACUCGCCAUGCUUGGAAAUGGAACCGUAGUAUUCGUGUUAAUAUUCUCCAGAAGCAAGAUGGAUGUUCCUCGGUUUCUUGUUUGCAACCUUGCUGCAGCAGAUUUUUUCAUGGGCAUUUAUUUAGGUCUACUAGCAGUGGUGGACGCUUCGACCCUAGGAGAAUUCCGAAUGUACGCCAUACCGUGGCAAACCUCGGCUGGUUGUCAGUUGGCCGGUUUUCUAGGCGUUCUCAGUUCGGAGUUGAGCGUAUACACGUUAGCAGUGAUUACCUUAGAACGGAACUACGCCAUAACGCAUGCCAUGCACCUGAACAAAAGGCUCUCCCUUAAGCAUGCUGGUUAUAUAAUGACCGUUGGUUGGUGUUUCGCGCUGUCGAUGGCAAGCCUGCCUCUGAUCGGUGUAUCGGAUUAUAGAAAAUUUGCUAUAUGCCUACCAUUCGAGACUAACGGGAACGCUGCGCUGGCAUACGUGAUCUUUCUGAUGUUGAUCAACGGCGUAGCAUUUCUUAUAUUAAUGGGAUGCUACCUGAAAAUGUAUUGCGCGAUCAGAGGCUCCCAAGCGUGGAAUUCGAAUGAUUCGCGAAUCGCCAAGCGGAUGGCUCUGCUGGUGUUCACCGAUUUCCUCUGCUGGUCCCCCAUAGCGUUCUUCUCGCUGACUGCCACAUUUGGAUUGCAGCUGGUGUCGCUUGAACAGGCAAAAGUGUUUGCCGUGUUCGUCCUGCCGUUAAACUCCUGCUGCAAUCCGUUUCUGUACGCCAUCUUGACCAAACAGUUCAAGAAAGAUUGCGUACUUAUUUGCAAGGCGAUCGAGGAGUCCAGGGUGACCAGGGGGAUCGGCAGAUGCCGGCAUAGCUCGAAUUUCAGCAACAGACAGACCCCUGUAAACACGAACAGUUUGGUGGACAGAUCGUCGCGAGAGAAUCAGACACCCUGUGCAUGCAACUCGAGAUUACUCGAGACUAGCCAAUGUUCCGGUUACCGACGAUGGGGCACCAGGAUAUUGUGGCCCUGCGCCAGAGACACGAGGCCCAGACACGCGCGUAGCGACCAGUACGCAUAUCAAAUCGCGGAGAUCCAACAGAAGCAGCACAAACGAGCCUCGUCGGUGUCCUCCAGCGAAAAUUUCUCCUCGUCUAGAUCAGAUUCCUGGAGACAGACUCAUCAUUGCGGUAUCCCAUUAAGAUUAUUAGAUCCUAAGCGGAGAGCUUCUUCGUGGCUGAUCACUAGAAAACCGUCUCAAGAUUCGAAUCUCAGUUCUUCCAGAAAUGAUUCUUCCGGUUCCGCAACCACUGCCAGCACCAGUACUUGGAGGAUUUCGAGGUCUAGCGCCUCCCUUGAGGUAACUGCCAGAAAUACACCGAGACCAGCCAGGUCGAAACCAAGGCUCACCCGCCAGCUCGCUAUUCAAGAGCCUGAACCACCUGGAUCGCCAAGUAGAUUAGCCGCCAGACUCCUCGCAACUAUACCCUCCGCGACAGAAACCAGUGAUCAGCAAGAUGACGAUAAUACAGCGCAGUGUUAAAUUGAUUGGAACGCGUAUCUAUGCGGUUUAUUAGAGAUUAUACUCGGUUAUAAUAUAUAAUAAAUUACAAAUAUGGGUCUCGUUGCUUCCGAAUGGUUUCAGUAUUAAGUGUCUUCUGACAAAUGAGAGAGGUGUGAAAGAAGGGGAGGAGAUUAAAUACUCUGUAUAUUGGCGAUAAUCAUCGUUUAAGAUUAGGUGAACGAAAAAAUGAACAGUCUAGCGUAUUCUUCUUUCAACGUUUGCAAACAUUUGUGAUUAAAGUUGAUUGUAAUAUAUAUAUAUAUAUAUGUAUAUUUUAUUCUUUUUUUUUCUGAAUUAUUUUUAAGUAAAGGAAUUUAUAAGACGUUGAAGGAGGAAGAGUAAAAGAUUCUACUACUUUUAUUCUUUUUGUACAAUUAUUUAUGCUAAUUAAUAAUUAAAAGUGCAAACGAUAUUGUAGAUCGUUUAGAUUCGUGGAAGAGACAAAAUUGAUCUACCUUUAUUGACCGUCCGUUACACGUGCAUAUAGAAGUGCAUCAAAUUGCAUCAAAAGAGGGUGAAUACGGUAGUCAUAUUUGUUAGAUACUGCCAAGAAUUUUUAACAUGUUGACUGUUGAAGGAAUAAUUUUAUAAUUCUUAUAUUAAUAUUUCAUGAUAGAAAAUGCUAAUAGAAUUGAAGUACUAUUUUUUUUUCUUUUGUACUUUGGAAGAUGAGACUUUUUCAAUAUUUAAUUAAAUAUAAUCUCUAAGAAUUUUAAACAACGUGAAAAAUUGCGAAUAAAUUCCACAACAGCCAACAUAUUAAUUUAAUAUACAUAAACGUACUAAUUUAAUUUGAUGAAAAAUUUUAAUUCUACGAGAGAAAGAAUUCAAAAAUAUGUAUGAAAAGUGCGUCAAUUUUAUUGGGGCUUUUACUAUAAAAAAAUUACUAGGGAAUUAUGACUCAAACGACAAAGUACACGAUGUUCCACAUAGUUUUUCGAUUAAGGUUAGAACAUUGUACUAUUUAUUGGUAAAUUUAAAAUAGAGCACACAGUAUUCUUUCUAUUCGUUCAUCUAUUUCCUUACAAAGUUAUUAGAUCCGUUAGAAACUCGAACGCUUUUUUGUCUGUGGUUCAAAGGAAAAUCCUUUUGUUACGGGAUCAGUAUUUAAAAUCCAUUGUUCAAUCGUUAAUAAGCAUGUGUUGCGUUUUCAUAAGACUGAUGGUUUAUACAGUUUGUCCCAUAAUUCUAAUUUUUGAUUCUAGUUGAUUUCUAGUUGAAAAUUUGGACACGUAAUACGAUUUUUAAUCAAAUAUCAUAAUACCAGUGACGAAUAAUCUAACGAUUAAUUUAUUUGUUAAUAAUUAUUGUUAAUUAUAGGAUGGUCGAUAGAUUCUCAAAUAAGUCGAAUUAGAAAAUUUAAUCAGUAAAUUUUCUAUAACCUCUUUCAUAUAUCUUUCAUAUAUAAGAUGAUCUUUAUGAUAAAAAGAAUUUCAUCUUAAAAUAAUUAUACAUAAAUUAUACAUAAUUAUUUGAGAAUUUAUAAACUGUCUUAGAAUCAAUUCGUACAUUGUUACGUUCGUUAAUUAUGAAAGUGAACAAUUAUAAAGUUGUGCAGCUAUAGUAGGUCACAGUUUGACCAUCCUAGCCUAAAGACUAUUAUAAGAUCGUUACGGCGUAUAGAUGUUUAUACACGGUUUUAAAUUAAUGACAAAGAUAUUUGUUAAUAUUAAUUACCGGACUUAUUUGUCGAUGAGUGAAUUGUAUUGUUCUUUGUAUACCAUUGUUUUGAUACUUGAUGCCGUUUGAGACCUUCAGAUUAUAAUUCUUGUUUUCUUUAAAAAAUAUUCCAUUACUUUAUGUAUAGUAUAUUCAAUUCUGUAUAAUUCUUUUCUAGAUUUUUAAUUUAAAAUUAGAGAAAAUAGUAAAGAUUCUAUGAAAAUCUGUAACCUGCAAAAUUUAUUAAAUUGGCACUACAUCUCUAUAUUAAUUUUAAUCCUUGCACAAAAUCAUUUGCAGUUGUGUAAUUUUAUUUAGGAUAUUGUUUCAAAAGAACUAGAAUUUGCAUCUGAAAGUCUUGAACUGUAUCUAUAAGCAGUAUAGAUCUAGGCCACAAAAAGUUAAAAAAUUGCAGUAGCUGUUUAAGAGUUUUGUCAUCUAUCAUUAUCGACGUAACACCGAACAUGUUUUGCGCGUGUGUCCGGUCCAAACUAUUUAAUAACGUUUUUCUAAUAAAAUAGCGAAUUACGACGAACGAA